UCUGACGUUAUCAUAACAUAAAAGGUCAUCAUAUAACAUUUAUUGGAGUGACCAUAUAGGUCCUGUAAAUUAUAUAAAGUGGGGUAUAAUUCCAAUAAAUAGAAGGGCUCUACAAUGGUGGACCAGAAGGGUAGUGCUAAAGCCUCUAAGGUCGCUCCCUUGCCCAAGGUCCUGAAGCAAGAGAAGGUCACCAAACAACGUGAUCAUUUAUUUGUUCAUCCUCCUAAGAACUACGGUAUUGGUGGUGACAUUCGUCCUCGCGUCAACCUUUCGCGUUAUGUUAAAUGGCCUAAAUACGUCCGUAUCCAACGUCAACGUCGCGUUCUUUUACAAAGGCUGAAGAUUCCACCAGCUAUUAAUCAGUUCAACUACACUAUUGACAAGAGCCAAGCUCACCAGUUGUUGAAAUUGUUGAGCAAGUACAAGCCAGAGACUCGUAAGGAGAAGUCUGCUCGUUUGUUGGCUGACGCCAAUGCCAUUGCCCAGGGUCAGGAGGUAGUUUCUAAGAAGCCCUACAUGCUAAAGAGCGGUUUGAACCACGUGACCAACUUGGUAGAGUACAAGAAGGCCAAGCUUGUUGUUAUUGCUCAUGAUGUCGACCCCCUUGAGCUCGUUAUGUGGCUGCCCACUCUUUGCCGCAAGAAGGAGGUUCCCUACUGCAUCAUUAAAGGCAAGAGUAGGCUGGGAAAGCUUGUUCACCAGAGGACUGCGUCUGUGGUUGCCGUUGACAACAUCCGCAAGGAGGACCAGGCUGAGUUUGAAGGCAUGAUUAAGGCAUUCACUGCUAUGUUCAAUGACAACGUUGAGAUUCGUCGUCGUUGGGGUGGUCAUAUCAUGGGUAUCAAAUCGCAGCGUCAAGAAGCAAAGGUCAAGGCCUUGAUCGCGAUGGAGAACGCCAAGAAGCUUGGUCUUGCUAUUGGAUGAACGUCUGUGUAGGCGCCACGGCGUGUUUUACGCUAGACAUAUGUCACGUGUUGACCAAUGGUAAUAUUGACACGUAUAUGCAUAUACAUGCCUUUUUGUUUUCAGGAUGAUGAUAAAAC